AUGCUGCGUGUGAUAGUGAAGUCUGCCACGAUUAACCCGCCCCUGAGCCCCCCACCCAGACCCUGUGUGUCUGUCUGCUUCAGAGAUGUCAAGAAGAAAACUACGGAGGGAGAAGGAAAUAACCCCACAUGGAACGAAACCUUAAUUUGGCACCUCUGGGACCACCCCCUACAGGAUGACUCUUUCCUGCAAGUCAUCCUUCAGGACUUGUGCUCAGAAAAGAAAGGAAGGUUCAUUGGCUUGGUCACAAUAUUGCUCAAGCCCUUGGUGAUAAAACCAAGAAAAGUUCUUUUUGUGAAGGACCUGACCCUCCUCAACCAUUCCAUGAAGCCCACAGAUUGCACUAUCACCCUAAAUGUGGCCCAAAUGACCAGCCAGGAUAUUGAGAAGACAGGAGAUGGAGACCUCCUAGGCGUAACUGCCCUGGAAGCAGCCAGGCAGACACAGAUGGCUCCCAGCUACGUCGCGCACAAGGAGCUGUCCUCAAAGCCGCAGCACUUUCAGGUCCAAGUGAAGGUGUUUGAAGCCCGCCAGCUCAUGGGCAACAACCUCAAGCCAUUGGUGAAGGUGGUCAUUGGAGGCCAUCAGAACCACACACGCACCAAGAUGGGAAGCAACCCUUUCUUCAACGAGAUCUUCUUCCAGAAUUUCUAUGAGAUUCCUGCAAAGUUCUUCGAUUACUCCAUCUUAAUCCAGACAGAUAUUGGUUUUAUCUACAAUUCUCCAGAUCACGCACUCCAGAGGAAGUGGUUAGGCCUCUGCCAACCAAAUGAACCCCACAGUGGUGUGAGAGGCUACCUGAAGGUCACCAUCUGUGCUCUCGGUGUGGGAGACCAGGCCCUGGUAGAUCAAAAGCUGCCCUAUGAUGUCGAUGACACCAAAAUUCACAUCUUGAAGUCAACAAUAGUCCCGGUGAACCUGGCCUACUUACAGUUCUUCAUCUACUGCGCAGAGGACCUUCACCUCAAGAAACACCAUUUAGUGAGUCCAAUGUUGGAAGUGGAACUAAUCGGGGAAAAGCUGAAGACACAGGUGAAGACCCAAACCGAGAACCCCAUCUGGAACGAGAUCCUGACCUUACAGAUUCAGCUGCCCUGCCUCUCCAGCUACAUCAAGUUCAGAGUCUGGGACUGCCCCAAGGGCAAAUUCUGGAGUGAAAUUGGGACUGUCAGCCUGAUACUCAACCAGAUCUCAUCCACCGGAGCAGAAAUAGAAGGCAAGCAUCCCCCAGCCCCCCGGAUGUACUCUGGUUUCCUACCCUGCUUUGGCCCCAGCUUUCUGACUCUCCAUGGGGGUAAAAAGGCCCCUUUCCAGAUCCAAGAAGAAGGCGCUAGUAUCCCCAGCUCUGUUAAGGACGGUUUGGAGUAUCGAGGCCGGAUCUUCCUGGAGUUAGUCACCAACACCAAGUCCCAACCAGACACUAGGAUAAAUGACCUCUCCCAGGAAGUGACCAGUGUAGAGAGGCACAUGAACCGCCAAAAGUAUGGGCUGUGCAUCAUCUUCCUUUCCUGUACCAUGAUGCCCAACUUUAAGGACCUGAUCCAAUUCGAGGUCAGCAUCGGCCACUAUGGAAACAAGAUGGACCAGAAUUACAAGCCUCUCGUCUCAACUACACAGUAUAGCCCAGUGAUAUAUGAUGGGAACGUCUACAAUUACGUGCCCUGGUACAACACCAAGCCGGUGGUGGCCCUCACCUCCUACUGGGAGGACAUCAGCUUCCGUGUGGACUGCCUCAAUCUCCUGCACUUCACUCGGGACCGCCUGAAAGCCAACCUGGACACCCUGAAAUCCAUUCGGAACCCGAGGGACCCCGCCCUGCUCUCCCAGUGGAGGAAGCUGCUGAGGGAGCUGGUGGAGGACUGCAAGCACCCUCUGCCCUGCAUGAUCAACCAGCCCAACGCCACGGAGCUGGACAGGAAGAGGUGGCAGCUCCGUUGCCACCUGCUGAAGGAACUGGCCCAAAAGGCCAAGGAAGUCCAGCCUAGGGACAUGGUGGCCACCGUGGAGGGCUGGCUAUACCGCCUCAAUGCUGUGCUCCCCGAGCCCCAGGUGAGCAUCCCGGACGUGACGAUCUGGCUGAUGGCCAAGGAGCAGAGAGUGGCCUACGCACUGGUGCCCGCCCACGCCGUCCUGUUCUCCCCGACGGGGCCUCUGCACUGCGGCAAGUUCUGCGGGAAGAUACAGACGCUGCUCCUGCAGUACCCAGAGGGUGAAGGGCAGAAGGACUCGCUCCCGGCCCAUCUCCGGGUCUGCAUGUGGCUGGGCAACGUCACAGACAGCUGGGACCUGCAGCUGCUCCGAGAGGGCGAGGUGGUCGUGUAUGCGGAGACGUAUGAGAACCAGGCCAAGUACAAAGACCAGUGGGGGCAGCAGGGGCUGUACCAGUCCCCCAACUUCUCCGACGUCCUGGGCCACAAGGCUCUCCCCAAGGAGGACUUCAAGGAGCCCUCAGGAUGGCACUGGGCGGGGAAGUGGACGGUGGAGCCGCAGAGGAGACUCCUCCUGGACACAGACAUCAACAAGAGCCAGGUGCUGGAGGAAGUGUAUGAGAACCAGCAGCGGGACCCCGCGGGGGCCUGGGUGCCGGCAGCCACCCCCAACACCGACGUGGACGGGCAGCCCGUGGAGGCGCGGGAGAACGUGAAGUGCCCCCAGGGCUGGCACGUGAAGAAGAACUGGACGGUGGAGCUGAACCACGCGGUGGACGACGAGGGCUGGGAGUACGGCGUGGGCGUCCAGCCCUCCGGCCUGCCUCGGGUCUGGAACUCGGUGGAGAAGGCCUACUACUCCUGCCGCCGGCGGCGCUGGGCGCGCGUGCGCUGCCGGAACCACGGGAAGCUGAGCCCGGAGCAGGAGACCCUGUCCUUCCUGCAGCUGGACCACGCCGGCCCGACCCAGGAGGAGGAGGGCUGGGAAUACGGCACCCUGGGCUCCAAGUUCAACCUGGACCCUCAGCCCCAGAGCCGGUUCCGCCGCCGCUGCUGGCACCGCAGGCUGGCCCCCGACAAGGACAAGGGCAUCGCACCCGUGUUCCUCCUGGAGGGAUCCUUGGGGAAGGACCUGAAAAGGCUGGGCGAGAAGGAAGAGAACAGGCCGCCGUCACGGGGUCUCAGCAGGACGCUCAGGGGGAGCAUCUGGAAGCCUGGCCGGGAGAACACCUCGCCGCCGCCCCACCUGCCCCUCAUCUACUGCGUCUUCAGCAAGCCACACUACUACCAGCUUUUCUGCUACAUCUACCAGGCCCGGAACCUGCUGGGCAACCGGAUCCAGACGUUCCAGGACCCUUUCCUCCGGUUGGUCUUCUUGAACCACAGCCAGUGCACCCAGCCCCUGAGGAGCUCCGCAGCCCCCACGUGGGCCCAGACGCUCAUCUUCCAGCACCUCCUCCUGUACGAGAGCCCUCAGGACACCAGGGAGAGCCCGCCGCUCGUGGUGCUGGAGCUGUGGCAGCGGGACUCCCGGGGCAAGGAGAGCUUCUGGGGACGGAGCAUGUGGCCCCCAGUGGUCUGGCUGGAUGUCCAACAUCGGGUCUUGCCCCCCAUGAGGUGGCAUCCCUUUGCAAAAGCGUUGGGGGAGGAAGAGGGAGAGAUCUUGGCAUCCUGUGAGCUGAUCCUUGAGACUGAGAGUCUCAGAAGGAAGCUGCCGAUCUUAAGCGUUCCCUGGAAGAACGGGGUCUUCACACUCCCCAAGAGCAUGCAGCCCACGCUAAGGAAAAUGGCGGUGGAGAUCCUGGUCUGGGGGCUCCGGAACAUGAAGCAGGUGAGUUCCCCCCAGCUGCUGGUGGAGUGCUGGGAAGAGACCCGGCAGACGGAGCCCAUCAGGGACUUCAAGACUAACCCCAACUUUGCCCAGUCGGUCCUCUUCCUCACGCUGUUCAUGCCCACGGAGGAGGCCUACGCGCUGCCCCUCGUGUUGAAGGUGGUGGACAACAAGGACUUCGGCCAGCAGACCCUGGUGGGUCAGGCCAACGUUGACUCCCUGCAGCCCUACUUCUGCGACCCCUGGGCUUCGGACUACGUGCCCCCACGGCUUCCAAAGCUGUCCGGGAACAAGCACCAGUUCCUAGAUGACCUUGUUGAAAAGUUCUGGUUCAAGUCCAGCAAAGCUGAGGAUGAAGACGAGUAUGACGUGGACUGGUGGAGCAAGCUGUUCUGGGCCACAGAGGACGGCAAGUCCCUGAAGUACAAGGACAAAGACUACCACACCCUGAAGGUGUAUGACUGUGAGCUGGAGGCUGUGCCAGCCUUCCAAGGCCUGCAGGACUUCUGCCAGACCUUCAAACUCUACCAGGAACAGCCCAAGUCAGACAGCCCUGUGGUGGGAGAGUUCAAGGGCCUUUUCCGUGUCUACCCCUUUCCUGAGAAUCCCAAAGCCCCCCAGCCCCCCCGCCAGUUCUUGGUUUGGCCUCAUAAAGAAGACUUCCCUCAGCAAUGCCUGGUGCGGGUGUAUGUGGUACGAGCCAUCAACCUACAGCCCCAAGACUACAAUGGCCUGUGUGACCCUUAUGUGAUCCUGAAGCUGGGACAGACAAAACUUGGCAGCCGCGACACGUACCAGCCCAACACCCUGAAUCCCAUCUUUGGCACGAUGUUUGAACUGAGCUGCACCAUCCCCCUGGAGAAGGACCUAGAGAUUGAGCUGUAUGACUUUGACCUGUUUUCACCUGACGAUAAGAUUGGCACCACAGUCAUCGACCUCGAAAACCGACUCCUGUCUGGCUUCGGGGCGCGCUGUGGGCUCUCCCAGUCAUACUGCCAGACAGGACCCUUUAGGUGGCGGGAUCAGGUGCCCCCAAGCUUCCUCCUGGAACACCACGCCAUGCGGAAAGGAUUGCUUCCUCCUCUGUUCAACCCUGAUGGCGACUCUGUUUUUUACAAUGGGAAAAAGUUCAAGCUGCAGCGCUUCGAGCCCCAGCCCCCUACUGCUCGGUACUUGGGCCCCAAAAAGGAGCGCCUUGCACUGUACCUCCUGCACGCCCAGGGGCUGGUACCCGAGCACCUAGAGACCCGCAUGCUGUACAGCAGCAGCCAGCCAGGCAUUGACCAGGGCAAGAUACAAAUGUGGGUGGACAUCUUCCCCGAGAAACUGGGGCCUCCUGGCCCCCCGGUCAACAUCAAGCCCAGGAAGCCUAAAAGGUGA